AUGCACCGCGUCGGUUCGGUGGCACGUCUGGCGCGCUGCGGUACUGUAGCAUGUCGACGUGCACAGUCAACGGCAGCAGCUCCUCAAAAGAUUGAAGUUUUUAUCGAUGAUAAGAAAAUACUUGUAGACCCAGGACUAACUAUUCUACAGGCAUGCGCUCUCGCCGGUGUGGAUAUCCCUCGGUUUUGCUACCACGAUCGUUUGUCGAUCGCUGGAAAUUGUCGUAUGUGCCUCGUGGAGGUGGAAAAGAGCAUGAAGCCCGUUGCAUCGUGUGCGAUGCCCGUAAUGAAAGGAAUGAAGGUUAAGACAAACUCCGAUUUUGCUCGUAAAGCACGUGAAGGUGUGAUGGAGUUCCUACUUGUGAACCAUCCUCUGGACUGCCCGAUUUGUGAUCAGGGAGGUGAGUGCGAUCUUCAAGAUCAAUCAAUGGCAUUCGGAAGUGAUCGUAGUCGCCUUCGGGCUACUUAUGAUGGGAAAAGAGCCGUCGAGGACAAAAACAUUGGUCCUUUGAUUAAGACCGUUAUGACUCGCUGCAUUCAUUGCACCAGAUGUGUUCGAUUUGCGAAUGAAGUAGCGGCUUUUGCCGAUUUUGGAACAACGGGACGUGGAUUCGACCUGCAGGUUUUUCUAAUUAUUCUUUGCUUGGCACAA